CGAGCCGGUCCUCCGGAAGGGGCCCUUCGGCGACUCGAAGGAGGGCUUCCACCGAGGCGCGGGGGUGACGGGGCUCGCGGGGCGGAGCGGAGCGGCGGGGCUCCCGGCGGCCAGCGGCGGGCAGGACGCCGCCCCCGGCGUGCAGGACCUGCUGCUCACCCUCGCGGAGGCGGCGCGGGAGCGGCGCGGGGCGCAGCGCGGCGCGGCGCGGGCGGGGGCCGCCGCGCGGGCGGGAGCCGCCGCGGCCCUGGGCGGCAGGCAGCCCGUGUCGGCGCGCUCCGCGAUCGAGCGGCCCGAGUGGUCGGCGGGCUGGCACAGCCCGGGGGCCUUCGACCCGACCCGCCCCCUGAACCUCGCGCUGCAGAGGCCGAGCGGGGCGCGGCCGCGGGAGCCGCGGUGGCAGCCGGCCCCUGUCAGGCUGGACGCAUUCGGGAGCAAGCGGCCCGAGCAGCUGGGCCCGACCGAGCGCAAGUACGCCGCCCGGCUGGAGCAGACCGUCCGCGCGCGGCGGGAGCUGCAGGCGGCGGAGGCGCUCCUCCACACCUCGGGCGCGAGGAAGCGGGAGGCCCUCGAGGAGGCGGCGCGCGCCAACGAGGGCCGGCCGGCCUGGGUCGUCAACGGCGACCGCCUGGAAGGCUGCUUCUCCGACCACGCGCCAGACCCGCCCAGGCCGCAGAGACGUGGGCCGCCGGACAAUGCUCCCGAGGUCGCGGGACGCAUGCCGCGAGCCGGCCGAAUACCGUAA